AACUUCCGGUUAGCAACCGCGAGCAGCUUUUCUGUUUCUAGGCAUUUUCAGUCAGAGCUUAUCGCGAGCUUUUAGCGAUAUUAAAUAUUAAUACUGAUAUAAAGAGAGAAAAACAACGCGAACUCUGGGAGCUAUGUGUAUUAAAGUAUUAACUAACUAGUUAGUUAGCUAGUGUCGCUAGCCAGGAGACUAGUCUAAGAGCAGGGUUGCCUAGCGACCGUAAAGGGCUAGUUCUGUUUCGCUAACGAGUUAGCCUAGCCUAGCUUAGCUAUUUAACUCGCUGGUUAUAUAGCGUUAUAUAGCUGUAAGGGUUUAAUCUGUGUAUUUUUGGCAAAGUAAAGAAAUCUUGUGAAAAUGAGCGAACAGCUGAAGUUUAUAGUGGAGCAACUGAACCGGGAGCCGUUUAAGAAAAACUUUAAUCUGAUCACAUUUGACUCAUUAGAGCCGAUUCAGCUUCUGCAGACUCUGAAUGAUGUUCUGGCAGAAAUUGACAGUAAGCAAGCAAUUGACAUCCGUGAAGAAAUGCCUGACCAGACAGCCAAAAGAAUGUUUACUCUGUUGGGUUUGUUAAAAUACAAGCCUUCAGGAGGUCUCACUGACGCAAGCAGCUUCCGUCAGGGGCUGGUAACUGGCAGUAAGCCAGUGAUUCACCCCAUCCUUCACUGGCUGCUGCAGAGAGUUCCUGAGCUAAAGAAAAGAGCCUAUCUGGCUCGCUUCCUCGUCAAGCUGGACGUGCCUGGCGAGUUCCUGACUGAUGACGUAAUCUCAGACACCUACCACCAGUACGAGGAGUUGGUAGAGGGAUUUAAGACUUAUCAUAAGGAGUGUGAACAGCUGAGGAACUCUGGGUUUUCUACAGCUGAGAUUCGACGGGAUAUUGCAGCCAUGGAGGAAGAGAAGGAUCAGCUGAUUAAACGAGUGGAGCGUCUGAGAAAACGGGUGGAGUCUGUGUCUAAUCACCAGCGCAUGCUGGAACUGGCCCGACAGCUCCGAGUGGAAAAGGAGAGAGAGGAGUCUCUGGCUCAUCAGAAACAGGAGCAGAAGAACCAGCUCUUCCAGGCCGAGCAGAGGCUGCAGAGGUGUCAGAUCCAGCUGAAAGACCUGCGACAGGCAGCAGCAGAUGCCAAGCCUGAGAGCCUGGUGAAGAGACUGGAGGAGGAGAUCAAGUUUAACUCCUACAUGGUAUCGGACAAGCUGCCCAAAGAGCUGGAGCGAAUGCGCCGCAAGGUGCGCUACCUACAGAAGGUGGCGUCUGAGCCGGCCAUGGGUCACGCAGAGCUGGCUGAGCUGGAGGAGAAGAUUAAACAGCUAAGUCAGGCAAACCAGGAGAUGGAGAAGAAGAUGACCAGGACUGACCCGAUGGAUGAUAAUCUCACUCUGUACAGGCAGCAGGCCUCCAUCAUAGCCCGAAAGAAAGAGGCCAAGGCUGAGGAGGUGCAGGAGUCUCGGGAGGAACUGGCGGCCGUUUCGAGGGAAGUGAGCUCUAAAAGCAGCCAGGCUCGCGGGCAGGGAGGGGUGGAGAUCAUCCGCACAGAUGAGUUUAAGCGCUACGUUUCCAAGAUGCGCGGCAAGAACAUCACGUAUAAGAAGAAGCGUCAGGAGAUUGCAGAGCUGAAGUCUGAGUUUGGCAUCCUGCAGCGGACUGAGGAGAUCCUGCGUCAGCGCCACACUGCCGAGCAACAGCAACUGCAAUCUCUGGAGGCUCAGAAGGGAAUCUCUGGAUUUAGUGAAACUCAGGAGGAGCUGGAGAGAGUUUCAGCCAUCAAGAGUGAGCUGGACGAGCUGAAGGGACGCACACUGGAUGACAUGUCCGAGAUGGUGAAGAAGCUAAAUUCUGCUAUAGCAGAUAAGAAAACAGCUCUUUCUCCACUAAUAAAGGAGCUGAGGCCUCUCAGACAGCAGUGCCAGGAACUAGCUCAGGAGUAUGAGGAAAAAAAAGCUCAAUAUGAUACCUGUGCUGCCGGCCUGGAGAGCAACAGAUCCAAGCUGGAGCAGGAGGUGAGGGUCCUGCGGGAGGAGACGGCUCAGGAGGAGAAUCGGUAUCACUACAUCAACUCCAUGAAAGAGAUCAUUGAUAUACAAAUGCAGCGGGCAGCAGACGAGAUGAAGGUGUACGUGUCCUCUGAUCCACAGACGCGGAAGAAGUCCAUCAGAGAGCAGUACAUGAAGAACAUAGCAGAGCAGGAGUCUUUGGGAAAGAAGCUCAGAGAGCAGCAGAAGCAGGUGAAGGAGAGCCACGGACCCAACAUGAGGCAGGUGCGCAUGUGGAAAGAUCUGGAGCAGCUGCUGGAGUGUAAGAAGCAGUGCUACCUGCGAGCUCAGAGCCAGGCCUCCAUCGGCCAGGUGAUCCAGGACAGCGGAGAGGACCGUCUGGUUCUCUGAUAUAACCACUGAGCACCCAAACCAGUUUAUACAGCUUUAUAACACUAGUACGCACAGUUAUACACUCUUAAACACUUAACAAUGGGUCAGAGUAACGAUUAGCAGUUUAAUUUUGUGACUGUAUCCAGCUAAAUUUGAAAAUAGUGAAAAAGAAAUGGGUUUGGGGUUAUCAGUUCAAUUUUCUGACAAUGUAAAAAAAAAAAUAUAUAGAAAAUUAAGUGAAAAACUUCAUUAUUUCACUUUUUUUCAUGUGUGUUGUUUUUAUUAAUUUGCCCAAUGUUCUGUAUAUUAUAUUGCAUUGUUUCCCCUUACAAUGGAAAAAUAUUAAGCUUUACUUGAUUCUCUAAUUUUCCUUUCUUGCAUCUUGUAACAAAAGCAGACUGUAUUUAACAGACUGGCGGAGAAAAUCCAAAAAUCCUAAAAUCAAGUAAAGAUCAGUUUUUGUGAGGGGGAGAAAUGAAAAAUGUGUAAAAAAAAAAAAAAAAUAUAUAUAUAUAUAUAUAUAUUUCUUCUUUACUACACCAAAUGGAAAAAAAUAAAUAAUAAUAUUUUCAUACCUGUUUUUCUAUUUUUGACUAUCAUUAAAUGGUCGGAAAGUGUAACUGGUAAUGGUUACACUGAUCAGUUUUCAUUAAAUGUUUUAAAUUAUCUAGUUUUUCAUUUCAGACGUUUUCAAACAAAAUGUCAAGAUAAAUUAAAAGUUCAAUUUCUUUCUCGAUUUUCAAAUUUGUCCAUUUUUAUAUCCUAUAUUUUUAUAACACAAAUCUGAAUUUAUAAUCCAAUUAGCAAAAUGCACACAAUAAAAUGGACAGUAGCUGGCUUAGUAUUCGGUUUAUUAGUUAUACAGCUCUGGACAAAAAAAAAAAAAGACCAGUUUCUCUGAUUUUGCUUUCUAUAGGUAUAUACCCUGUUUUUUUCACAGUUUUUUUUUCAUGCAUCUUGGCAUCAUGUUCUCCUCCACCAGUCUUACACACUGCUUUUGGAUAACUUUAUGCUGCUUUACUCCUGGUGUAAAAAUUCAAGCAGUUCAGUUUGGUGGUUUGAUGGCUUGUGAUCAUCCAUCUUCCUCUUGAUUAUAUUCCAGAGGUUUUUAAUUUGGUAAAAUCAGAGAAACUCAUCAUCAUUAAGUGGUCUUCGUAGCCUCUCUCCACUUCAGUCCUGCGUCUCUCACAGGACACAAAGUCCUUUUUUGGGCAGAGUUUUGUGGAGUUGGGGGAGAUUUUCUCCGAGAGAUAAGCGGUGGAGGAACAUGUGUUAUUCGAAGUGCUUUAUUGAUAAGAGGUUGAAAAUCUUUAAACAAGUCCUCGGUCUCGGUUUUGACACGUCUUUUAAGAAUAGAGCUUCAGUCCGUGUGUCCGGAGAUAACAGUGAACAAAGUGUUGCUCGGGGGACGCGCCUGCAGCGGGUUAUUUUGGGAAGCAGCAGUCAUGACCUUGGGUAGAAGAGCUGCCCAAUUUAGGAAUUCGGCUGCAGAUUCAUUUGUGUCCGUCAGCGAGGGGCAGAGGUAAUCAACAGAGCUUCUCCCCACCGUACCUGUUAAACACAUGCAUACAUCUACAGUGCCUUGCAAAAGUAUUUAUACCCCUUAAACUUUUUUUUUUACAUUUUGUCACAAGUUUAAAUUUAUUUAAUUGAGAUUUUAAGUGACAGACCAACACAAAAUAACACAUCAUUGUGAAGUGGGACGAAAAUUAAUCAAAUCAAAUACAAAUCUGAAAGUGUGAUGUGUGAAAAUAUUCAUCUCCCCUUUAUUAAUACUUCAUAGAGCCACCUUUCACUGCAGUUACAGCUGCAAGUCUUUGCUUGCAAGGGGUUUGUUUUUACCAGCUUUGAGCAUCUAGAGACUGUAGAGAUUUUAGCUCAUUCUUCUUUACAAAACAGCUGAGGCUCAGACAGGUUGGAUGGAGAUACUCCCAAACUGACAUGAUCCUCUAAGCAAGAAAGCACUUCUCAGAGAAGCAGCAGCCAAGAGGCCCAUGUUUUCAUGUCUCUUUACGGAGGAUUUUACGUUUUUAUCCUCGUAAUAUUAUGUCUUUAUUGCUUUAAACUUCUGGUCUGGUGAGUUCCGUCUUGGUCUUCAUGAUGCUGUUUGUUCACUAGUGUAGUUAUACUGAGACUAAAUCACACACAGAGCUGGAUUAACUCUAUUAACUUAUUAAGAUAAGACUUCUGAAAGGUUUCAAAUUGAUCGUGCUGGAUUUUUAAGUUAGGGGGUUCAGAAUAAAGGGGGCUGAAUACUUUUGCACACUUUCACAGUUUUCAGAUUUUUAUUUUAUUGAAAUUUUUUAAGCAAUGUAUCGUUUUCAUUUCACUUCACAAUGAUGCGCUACUUUAUGUUGGUCUAUCACUUAAAAUCUCUGUAAAACAGAUUUAAGUAUGUGGUCGUAAGAUAACAAAAUGUGAAAAAGUUCAAGGGGUAUGAAUACUUUUGCAAGCCGCUGUAUCUCUGUCUGUUUUAGGACACUCGUUAGUUUGAGAAUGGUCCUGUUUACUUCAUUAAAAUAAUAAAAUGAGACUCUUCUGAGUGAGUGCCGUGUAUCUGAAUUCUGUGUGAAAAUAAAAUAAUACAGUAAUACAGUAAUGAGCUCCUCUCUCUCCCUUUUUCUCAGUUCUUUAAGCUCAAGGCUGUAGAGUUUCUGUGUUUUGAUGGCAGUUUGAUGCUAAAGCUCAGAGAGCUACUUUAUAAAUUUACGGGAAGCUGCUGCAGAGUCAGCGCUUAAGCUUCUUUCAUGUCUGAAGUAAACUGAGACCAAUUAAUGUGACUUCUCUAACUCUUUAACUCUCAACCAUUAAAUAAAGUCCAUUAAAUAAAAAAAAAAAGCUUUAACUCAAGGGUUGUUUUUGCGUUUGCAUUUUUCACUGGAUUUGCUUGUAUACACUGCAUUGUUUGUUUUGUGUACAUAGUUAGUAGCAAUAUAAUGGGCAAAUACAAGCAAAAACAUGAUGCAACAUAUGUGCAUUAGAUUACGUAUAUGGUUAUUUGUUGGAAGCAUUGAUACUGCUGAACAUGUUCCAGUCUGGUUGUAUGCUACUGUCAGAAACUAGUGAGAGGGCCUCUUUGAGGGGAAUUCUGAUAAGUAUCCUUGUAUUUUUUUCUCAUAACCAGUUUUCCUUCAUUACUAGGUCAAGCCAGCUCGGGGCUCCAGGCAACUGCUUGGUUUGCCUGUCCUUUUGCAAUGUGUGUAUAAGUGUGUAUGUGUGUGUGUGUGUAUGUAUAUUGCCAGGUUCUUACCAACUGGUCUUUUGAACAAACAUAUUAUUAACCAUUUUUUACAGCAGUUCCUUAUUUAAUUUUAUACUAUUUAAAUCCCUUUUUGAUUUUGUUAAAGACUUUAAAUCUCAAUGUAGGUCAUUAAAUAGUGAUUUAAUAAUAUUAUUUAGAUUGGAAAUGGGCUCAUGUGUUAACACUGCCUUAUUAACACAAGUUAUUUAAACUAGUUUUAAUUCUUUACAUUUGAAUGUUUUCUAAUACAACAUUUUUUAAAUGUUUUAGUGGCUCAUGAGCAUCUAAAGCCUUUCUAAGCUCCUUUAUGUUGUUUUUCUUUCUCUUUAAAUUCUCAACUAUCUAUAUAUUUUACAUUAUGUUAAUAUAAUUAGGUUGUUUAUUUGUAUCUUGCAAAAUGCAGAUUACAAUAUUCAUUACUCCACAUUUAGCUCAACCUAAGAUAAAGUUCCUCUCUAUGUAAUAAAAAUAAUUCCUGUGUCAGCGUGAAACCGGCUAUAGUUCUGUAGUGAACGUCAGAUGUUUGAAACAGUCUUGUCUUUCACCUGCGUUCGCCCUCUGCCUGCUUAAUUUACAUAGACAAGCAAACUCUGAUCACUGUGGACACUGUGAAUGUAAAUUUCUUUUCCUGUGGUCUGUCUAUCCAAACAGCAUCUGUUUAAACAGAGAAUACCUGCAUGAAUACCAACCAAUACAAUACUGUACCACUAGACUCGCUCAAUUGUAGCAACUAAAAAAUGUACAAAAACUUAAAAAUACCUAUAUAAACAUACACACAGCUCUGGAAAAUAAUCUGAAUUCUAAAUCAGUUUCUCUGUUUUUGCUAUUUAUAGGCAGCAUUAUUGUUUUAUUCUACAGACAACAUUUCUCCCAAAUUCCAAAUAGAAAUAUUGUCAUUUAGAGCAUUUAUUUGCAAAAAUGUGAUGAGAAAUGGCUGAAAUAACAAUUAAAAAAAGAUGCAGAGCCUUUAGGCCUCAAAUAAUGCAAAGAUAACAAAACAAGUUGAUAUUUAUAAAGUUUUAAGAGUUCAGAAAUCAAUAUUUGUUGGAAUAACCCUGGUUGGUUUUUAAUCACAGUUUUUUUUGUCAUGCAUCUUGGCAUCAUGUUCUCCUCCACCAGUCUUACACACUGCUUUUGGAUAACUUUAUGCUGCUUUACUCCUGGUGUAAAAAUUCAAGCAGUUCAGCUUUUUAGGUUUGAUGGUUUGUGAUCAUCCAUCUUCCUCUUGAUUAUCAAAGAAACUCAUCACUUUUAGGUGCUCUCGUUAUUAUUAUUAUGUUUUUUAGAAGAGCUGCAUGUUUGCUUGUUUUUCUCUUUUUUUGCUCACCUGAUUAAAUACUUGAUUUUAAUUUUUAUUUUAAUUUAUUUUCAGUCCCUUUAAGUUGUAAAUGCUCGGAUGCAUUGAACAUGAAGGUUAAUCUCAAUGUUUUACCAAGUAAAAAAAAUAAAGGCUG